CAAACACAUUCUUAAUAAAAUAAGAAAUACUAAUCAAAUCUCUUCUAUGCAAAGGCAAAUCCAUUGGGACAUCUUCAAAAUUUAAAAAGUAAUAAAAACAUGGAGCCAAACCAUUCUAGAUAGUUGAACAACAAUUCCCUUACUAUAAAAAAAGUCAAUGCCUCAUUUUUCUAAUUUUUCUCUUGCCCUUUAGUAACAAAACAAAAAAGAAGCAAAUCAUAAACAAUCACAAAAAGAGUACAAAGGAGUAAUUAGCGGGGUACUAUAUAUCACUAAUAUUUAGGAUUAGCAUUAGAAACAGAGUUCUAAUUAUUUUUCUUUGCUUGCAAUAGCAGCAAAUGAAACCUACCUAAAAUAACCCUCAUGAACACUUUCCCUCUCAAAUUUCAUUUCAAUUCCAAUUAUGCCCUUCCCUACCUCCUCCUUCUUUCCACCACCCUCUUUCCACCGCCGGCCACCGCACAGAUUCCGAAAUACCUCCCACCGCCACCGGCAGGCAAAAUAUCCGCGCUCAAAUUCGACAAAUCCAUGGCCAUCGUGCUAGUUAUCUUAGUCGUCGUGUUUUUCAUCCUCGGUUUCCUCUCCGUCUACACUCGCCAGUGCGCAGAACAGAGGAUGAGAGGAAGAUUCGACCUAUCGGUUCCGAUCGUCGGUAGCCACCGGAGACACCGUGGACUUGACUCCGAAAUCAUCGCAACUUUUCCUACCUUCGUUUACUCCGCCGUGAAAGGACACAAAAUCGGAAGAGCUGCGCUAGAAUGCGCCGUGUGUUUAAACGAAUUCCAAGACGACGAAACGCUGCGUUUGAUUCCUAAUUGUAGCCACGUGUUUCAUCCUGAAUGCAUCGAUGCUUGGCUUGUUAAUCACUCCACUUGCCCCGUGUGUCGGGCGAAUUUAAUUCCAAAACCCGGUGACACUUCUUUCGUUUCGGUUCUAAUUCCGGAUCCGGAUAUAUCCGAUUCAGAUGACCCGACCCGAAUUAAUAUUGAUUCGGAAAACAACAACCUUUCAUCUCGUUCUCCUUCUCCUAAGGUGAAUUUCAAUUAUUCAGUUACAGUUACACCGAACCGGAUCCGACCGGUUCGGUCAAGUUCGACCGGUUUUAAAAUUGGAAGUUGGUUUUCACGGUCACAUUCCACGGGUCAUUCUCUGGUUCAAGAAGGGGAGAAUCACGAGCGGUUCACGUUGAGAUUACCGGAGGAGGUGAGGAGCCGGUUGGUGGGUUCGACUCCCAGCCACGUGGUGAGUUGUGGUGUUACUUUUACACGAGAAGGUAGUGGGAGGAGGGGUUUCAGAACGAGGAGUGUGGGAAGUAGUGCUCCUGGGAGGAAUAAUGAGUGGUUCAACCGGCCGGACCGGAGGGGAUUUUCUUGGACGCCACCGUUUAUGGGUCGAACCGGUUCAAGUUGGUUGAAGAAUAAGUCACCGGGGAAACUGGAUGAUGUGGGAGAACGGUCUUCUGAACGGUUGUUUGCAGGUAAUCAGGUUUAGUGGAAUAGAUUUUAUUUGAUAAAAAUGAAAAUAGUUUUUUUUUAUUUACCUUUUAUUGUUUUUAUUUAUCGUUAAAAGUUGGAAAUACACAUGAAUCUGGUGAAGAAAGGUUUGGUGUUCAUAGAAAUAGGAUGCGUUUAUUUAUUUAAUUUAAAUUUACUUUCAGAAUUCGAAGAUUGUUUAUGAAGUGGAUAGAAUUUUUUCUUGAAUGUGGUGUUACAAUUUUAAAAAAAUUAAUUUAAUGACGUUAUUAUCAUUUGUUGUA